AUGCCCUCGACGGACGCUUCGACCGUCCGCGGCUUGAUCUCAGCCUAUCUCGGCAUCUCUAUCCUCUUACUCUUAUCCGCCAUCAUCCGCCGCCCCAUACGCGGUCAUGCCGCCUCAUUCGCAUGUCCUCGUAUCUCCUUCAAUGCUCGAACUCUAUCCAUAUCAACGAUCCGACUUGUGAUGCCCAGUAUGGUCGUCUCUCCGCGCGCAACGGCCCCGGCACCGAGAAAUGUGACGCUAUUGGUGGGAGAGUGUAGGAUUGUGUUCGGGAGGUCGAAGGUGGACGUUGAGGUGGUGGAUCUGAGCGUGACGUCACCGCUCGCUUCGUUCACUCUGCCGCGUCUAUCCGUCGACUGCCCGAUCUUGCCUUUCUUGCCGUUCACCUUUUCGGGUUCAAAGGCCUCUACGACAUGCAAUGCGGAAUCGAGGAUACGCGUGACGUUCGAUCAUCUGCGUAUACGCGUGUUUUCAAGUAAACGCGUGCCGUACUUUAUACGGGUCAUUCGCGCGGCCGUUAUGAGGACGAUGCUGUUCGGCACCAUCGCACGAGCCGACUCUGCGCGUAUUGACAUCGUGUUCGGGCCGAAACUCGCGCCGUCCAUGGACCCUGUUGUGGAGGGAGAGGAGGCGGAGAGGAAGGAACUGGAUGUCGACGAGGAGAGUGCAGUCUACCAUAGUUCUUCGUCGGACGAGUCGGCCCGAGAGAGCGGAGGAGACGCGCAUCUUGAGCUGGAGGACGAACCGUCGGAUGAUGAUGCAACUUCGGAGGAGGACGAGCGCCCUGCGCGCAGCGACAUCAGUCUCACGAGCGCCUUACCGAUCCUCAAGCCCGUGAAGAAGCUCAAGGAGAAGUUCCGGCGCAAGGGAAAGUCGUCCAGUCGGUUAGAGGACGAGCACGAGUUGCACAAGGUCAAGCUUCCCCGUACUAGCGAUGCCGACGGGAAUUCUACUGCGUCCACGACUUCAUCGGAGAAACAACCCAUCUCGAGCGCCAAAGCCCAGAAUCAGCCGCCAAACGCCGCCUACAGUGCAGAUACGACUGAACCGCAAUGGGCUGCGACCAACGACGAUCUGCUGGUUACCAAGACAGGCGAGAAUUUGGUGCUACAUGACCACUCGGACAGGCUAUAUACGUUCCGCUCUCUAUCUGCAGGACUGAGAAGAAUGUGGAGUCCCGAGAUUUGGGUCGUCGACGAAGACGGUGGGGAGAGUAUACGCGGGAGUGGCGUGUUUGAGAUGGAGGUUGAGGAUGCGAGGUGGAUACGCGCGAGAGAGUAUGAGGGUGUGAGGUGGGCAUGUGAGAGACCUGAUCUGGGCGUGGAACCCAACUUCGACGUCGGCCUUCCUCCCCCAUCAUACAGCCAGCUGCUGCGGGACCCCAUGAGCGCCGUUGACAUACGCUUCAUAAGCUCCCAAGUCUCGUUUGACAAGUUCAGACUACGCGACGCCGAGUUCUCGAAAUACGCGUUCGAAACUGCCUUGCAUUUGUUUGGGCUUUCGGUUGGUCCAGAAGAUGACGAUACGCAAUGA